UUUAGGUGUUAUUGUUUACUUUAUACAGUGUUCUUGACAUGUGGUGUAGUGUUAAUUACCUAGUGUUUAUUUUCACUGGUUAAUAUUGAGAAUUAUUUGAUAUAUGAUGUGUACAAUCUCUAAUACUUAAUAAAUCAUGGCUUCUAGUUCUACUUCUGAGGAAGCUAAUAUUGCGGAGUCAAGUGGGAAUGCGCGUCGACCAGUUUGUUUGGUGGUUCUUGGUAUGGCAGGUUCUGGCAAGACCACUUUCGUUCAGAGGCUUGCCUCGCACCUGUUCUCUGAUGGAAGACAGCCGUACAUUAUCAACUUGGAUCCCGCCUGUCACGAUCUGCCUUACCCGGCAAACGUCGAUAUCAGAGACACUGUGAACUACAAGGAGGUUAUGCGGCAGUACAAAUUAGGGCCGAACGGGGGAAUCGUCACUGCACUUAACCUCUUCGCCACCAAGUUUGAUUCUAUGGUGACCCUCCUCGAACGAGCAGGAAAGGAACAUGAGUUGGCAGUGCUGGACACCCCCGGACAGAUUGAAGUGUUUACAUGGUCUGCUUCCGGGAACAUUAUAACGGAGGCUUUAGCUUCAACCUUUCCUACAGUUGUGGUGUAUGUGAUGGACACAGUGAGAAGUGUCAACCCAGUGACUUUCAUGUCAAACAUGCUCUACGCCUGCUCCAUUCUUUACAAGACGAAAUUGCCCUUCAUUGUCGUUAUGAAUAAGGUGGACGUGGUGGACCACAAGUACGCCGUGGAGUGGAUGCGCGACUUCGAGUCGUUCCAGGAAGCCCUGCAGUCGGAGACCUCGUACCGCUCCAACCUGACCCACUCGAUGUCGCUGGCGCUGGACGAGUUCUACAGCGGGCUGCGCUGUGUGGGCGUUUCGGCGCUGACGGGCGCGGGCGUGCCCGAGUUCCUGGGCGCGGUGGGCGAGGCGGCGGGCGAGUACGAGCGGGACUACCGCGUCGAGUGGGAGCGGCUGAGGCGGGAGAAGGGGGCGGAGCGGGCGCCGGGCCGGGACGGGGGGCAGGGGGACGCCGUGCCGCUGAUUGCGCAGGUCCCGGCCGGCCGGGAGAUCGCCGACGUGUACCUCAGGCACCCGGCCAACGAGAGCAGCGAGGACGAGGAGGGGGAGGAGAACGUGCGGCAGUUCACGGAGGAGGAGAUGGAGGAGCGGAAGGAGGCCGACUCCUUCAGGGACUACCUGCAGCAGCAGAAGAGGGCUCAGGAGAAGAGGGUGGCGGCAGCGCAAGAAGGCCCGCGGCAGUGAGCUGGCGUCCAGCGACAUCUCGCCGACAGUAUUCUGCACGUUCUUCUAGAACAUUCCUCCAUAUUAGCCCAGUUCAGACGUUCCUUCUGUAGUGUUUCAAGUAAACUAUCCAAUUCAGACUCGCGUAAAAAAAAACCACAAGAAAUAUUUACGAAAUGUCAAAACCAUGGGAAAUAAUUGACUUUCAAUUUCUCCUUGAUUUUAUGUUGUUUUUUUUGGUAUGAACCGCUAGUAAAUAAAUCUUUUAAAAGGUCUCAUUCUUUUUCUUUUCCUUUUCAUCCGGAUAA